AUGCCCUGUCCCUUCAGCUCACUCGGAAUCCCUGACACAGUGUUUGCAGAGGUCAGCCUGCCCUACUUUGCCUACCCAGCCCGAGUGCUGAGUCGCGGAGCUUCUCUGCAGGGGUGUUGGGAGGCGGGAGGUGGAGUGCUCUGUGGGGGGUGCAUGGUGGUGGAGGGAGAGGAGCAGGUAGAUGCUGGGCAGGACCCCCGCAGCGAGCUCUGUCUGAAUCGCUUUAUGUACCGCUGUUCACACCCGCUGACCUCUUCUCUUAAAGCAUCUACAAAGUAA